GUCAUUUUUAUUGGAUAUCGCCAAUCGGAUGAGAAAUAUAGCAUUGUUGAUCAGGAAAAGUAGACACCAGGCAGUGGAUUUUAGACUUUAUACCGAAAAUGGUGUCUAAUAAUUCGUUACCACACCCUUACUUCCCAAGGGACAUUUCCUUGCCACACUAUGUUCCAAAUGACAAGGAUGUGACCGUUUUAUUGGGAGGAUUCUUUGCUGUUGUGUUUGCUUUCAUUGCGGGCGUUUGGAUUUACAGCGGUCGGUCGACAAAACCAAAAUUUUCGUUAUUUGAAAGAAUGAUAUUAUGUUGGUUUGUUAUGUGUGGCAUCAUUCAUACUUUUUUAGAGGGAUACUUUAGUAUUUUUCAUGCUACAAUUGCAGGCGAAAUGACAUUUUUAGCACAAAUUUGGAAAGAGUACAGUAAGAGUGACAGUCGUUACCUUACGUCUGACACAUUUGUUUUAUGUAUGGAGAGUAUUACAGCUGCUGUAGAUGGACCCCUUUCAUUUUUAGCUCUUGCUGCUUUUCUAUGGAAUAGUUCAUACAGAUACAUCAUACAACUGGCCCUUUCUAUAUGUCAGUUAUAUGGAGAUGUUUUAUAUUUCAUGACAGAAAUUAAAGAAGAUUUUCCACAUGGCGACCAUAGAAAUCCGAUGUAUUUCUGGUUUUAUUUUGUAUUUAUGAAUAUGUUAUGGAUCAUCAUACCUCUCAUAUUGAUCGUCCAGGCCACUAUGAAACUGGCUCAAACUCAGUCUUCUGCAGAUCGUAGUCUUAAACAAACUAAAAGUGAGAAGAAAAGACGUUGAAAUAGAGAACUUUUGUAAUCUAUUAACAAUUUAUUAAAUAUAGAAUGUAUGGUUUGGUAAAAUGUUGUAUAUGUAAGCUAAAAGAGAAAUGAGAAAAUCAAAAUCUGUCAAAUGUAAAUGUUGUUUCAAGUAUUUUGACCAAAUUUAAUAAAUAUAGAUUCUGGAUUAAACCCA